AGAGAGAAAGACUCAAAACCCAAAGCCUCUCCUCAAGUGUUGAGGAAAAAGCUCCGAUAAUGGCGUGGAUGCGACUGAUACAGAGCGCGAGAUCUGUUCUAAGAGCCGAACCAACGCCGUCGACUCUUAACUUCCCUAGAUUCUAUUCCAAAUCCGCCGCUCCUUAUCCCGUGAAAGUUGGAAUUCCUGAGUUUUUGAGUGGGAUUGGUGGAGGAGUUGAGACUCAUAUUGCUAAACUUGAAACUGAGUUAGGCGAUCUUCCGAAGCUGCUCGUGACUCGUACGCUUAGACUCAAGAAGUUCGGUAUCCCUUGCAAACAUAGGAAACUGAUACUGAAAUAUAGCCACAAAUACAGGCUAGGUCUAUGGAAACCUAGAGCUGAUGCUAUAAAGGCGUGAUUGGUUCCUGUACUCAUCGAAUUCUCAGAAUGAUCUAGGCAUAGCAAUGUUGCGAAUUACUUGAAACACCGUACCAAUUUCUCUGCAUUCAUGUACUUGUUUUCUCUGUGAUUCAAAUCCAGGAGCAGUAACUUUUGAAGUGUUGAAUGUAUCUGUCUUGUCACAAGACUCUUGUGGGAAUCCGUAAGGCAUAAUAACUUCUCUCCACUGCUUACAACCUUCCUUUUUGCAGCGUGAAACAUGAACUCGUUUCGAAGCUUCA